UGGUUCUGCAUCCCCAGUAAAACUGUGCCUGCAACAUGUGGGAUCCGUAAGUGGGAGAGUCCUCACAGGGAAGAGGGGAGAGAAAUUCCUAGGAUUCUGGGGAGAGGGUACCCCAGAAGAAUGACCAGGCAGCAGGCUUGAAGAGCAGCUACCCAGAUUACAGAGUGGUGCAGGGAUCCAUGAAAAAAGCAGAGUUGAUGGAUUAUCCGAGUUUUGAUGAAAAGUUGGGGAUAAAUUAGUACAAACCAUGGCAAUCAAGAGCUCCAGGAAAAACAGACAGGAAAUGCAUGAAAGGCUAUGUCAUAGCAAUAUGCCAUGUUGCUAAGUCAUGGACAGGAUACAUAAUCACAAUGAUGGAAGUACUGAAUACUUACUGAACAAAAAACUGUGAUGCUAUAAUCAUAUUGAGAGGAGAGAAGAAGGAUGGGAACAGGUAAAUCUUCGCUUCAUGAAAAGUAGUCAAGAGGAUGUUCUUUUUCCCUGAUGUUCUAAAGCUACAAGAUGACUUCCAAUACCAUGUUGAAUAGGAGUGGUUUUGGUAUCAGGAUGAUGCUGGCCUCAUAGAACGAGCUGGGAAGGGGUCUUUCCUCCUCCAUUUUUCGGAAUAGUUUCAGUAGGAAUGGCACCAGCUCUUCUUUGUUCAUCUGAUAGAAUUCAGCUGUAGAUCCUUCUUGUCCUGUGCUUUAUUUGGUUGAGAGUUGCCCAAGGAAGUCAACAGGAGAGCCAGGUCAGGGAACAACAACCAGAGGGAGAUGAUCACCUGAACCACUGCUCCAAACCAUGGGCAGUAAAUGCUGUAAAGGUGGUCCAGAUGAAGAUGCAGUAGAAAGACAGAGGCAGCGGAAGUUGCUUCUUGCACAACUGCAUCACAGAAAAAGGGUGAAGGCGGCUGGGAAGAUCCAGGCCUGGUGGCGUGGGGUCCUGGUGCGCAGGACCCUGCUGGUCGCUGCCCUCAGGGCCUGGAUGAUUCAGUGCUGGUGGAGGACGCUGGUGCAGAGACGGAUCCAUCAACGGCAGCAGGCCCUGUUGAGGGUCUAUGUCAUCCAGGAGCAGGCAGUGGUCAAGCUCCAGUCCUGCAUCCGCAUGUGGCAGUGCCGGCAAUGUUACCGCCAAAUGUGCAAUUCUCUCCGCUUGUUCCAGGUCCCAGAGAGCAGCCUUGCCUUCCAGACUGAUAGCUUUUUACAGGUCCAAUAUGCAAUCCCUUCAAAGCAGCCAGAGUUCCACAUUGAAAUCCUAUCAAUCUGAAAGGCCUGGGGCAUGAACAGGCUCCACUGCCCCAAAUAAAUAUCUGACCAGGU